UGCGUCUCAUCUGGGCGAACGAGCUUCCUAAACUACUGUCAACUUACUUUCACGUCUCCACCGCCCAUCCAAACAACAAUCGGACAUCCUUAAUGAGUCGAUUGUCCUCCUCCAGAAUUAGUCGUUAUAUUGGUUUCAUUUUAGUGCAAUUUCCUGUCUUUAUCACCUUGUAAUUUGUAAUUAUUUGUAAUUGCUAAUUCACACAUCAGUCAACCAAAGGCAACAAAGAAAUGGAUACAAAAUCAUUAGCCAAAUCGAAAAGAGCCCAUUCAUUGCAUCAAAGUAAGAAGAAUCAGCAACAUAAUUCGUCCAAGGGCGCUUCUUCUGGCCCUAGUGCAUCUACUGGUGAUAAGAAGCAAAGCGGAAAACAAGCAAAGGAAAAACCAGCCCAGGCUCAUGGUUCUAGACAACCUCCUUCGAAUUGGGAUCGGUAUGUUAAAGAAGGAGACGAUGAUGGGUUUGACUCUGGAAAUCUGGUCCCUCAAGAUAUUGUUGCACCCAAGAGUAAGGGGGCAGACUUUGCGCACUUGAUCUCUGAAGCCAAGGGUCAAGCUCCGCAUUCUUCCCAGGAUGUACCCCUGUUUGAUGAUGUUCUACAUGAUUUCUAUCAGGGAUUUGGCCAAUUGCUUACAGUUAAGGGGCAAAGCAUAGCAUCUUGGAUUGCUGAUGACAAUUUUGGGUCAGAAGACAAAGCUCCUUCACCAGAUGAGGCCACCUUUCUCUCACUCAAUUUGCACUCUCUUGCGGAACAGCUUUCAAAUGCAACUAUAUCAGAAAGGCUUUUCAUUGAACCUGACUCACUACUUCCAGAACUGUGCAUGGAGGAAUUGCAAAAGCUAAGUGAGAGCAAACAUGAAGAUGUUACAGCUAAAAGGACGAGUCAAGUAGUUUCUGAAGACUGUGAGAGUAUGUAUAAGUUUUUCAACAGCCCAUCCAAUGCAACAAGCACUACUAGCAGCAGCAGUUGUGUGGUUUCCAUUUCCCCCGGGAAAGGCUCACAAUCUAUAGAUAAUGUGAAGGACGAGACAUUGGAAAUUAAAAAGUUGGAAAAUCCCAAAAUUGACCCAAACACUGCAGCUAAAAAACCAUCAAGUGCAGAGACUGAACUUGACAUGCUUCUUGGCUCAUUUCCGGUGGGAGACGUCUCAGCGGUAGGUGGAAAUUGUCCAUUAGGGGACAUGAAAAUUGAUGACAGUGUCGAUGAGCUACUCAAAGAAACAUCCUUUCUGAUUAACAAGAGAAAGGGAUCUGUGGCUGAUGAGGCAAAAGCUGCUGUUUUCAGGACUACUCCCUCUUCCUCAAACUCUUUCACCAAAUCUAGUAAACUUAGUGAUGACUUUGAUUCAUGGUUUGACACCAUAUAAUUGCUCGUGUACAAUACCAAAUGUCCGUUGUCGUGUCUCUUUGAACAGAGGAAAAACAUAUUUAUAUUUUUUGAAAAUAUUGGUGGGUUUCUCCAUAUCAGGAAAAUUUGGAAACAUGAAAACUGCAUUUGUGCGUUUCUUAAGAAAAGUUAAUGAGGUUACUCUCAUCUUUAUACUGUCA